AGCGUCGUCGUGCGACCUGGUGCUGAGCAGCGACGUGCAGAAGCGCGGGUCGGUGGCGUCGCCGGGCUUCCCGGGGCCGUACCCGGCGCGCAGCCACUGCCGCUACGACUUCCAGGGCCGCGGCAAGGAGCGCGUGCAGCUCGUCUUCAGCGACUUCAGCCUCUACCACCCCACCGACAGCCCGCGCGAGUGCGACAGCAUCGACGCCCUGGUGGCGUACGUGCACAUCGACGGCCGCAUGGAGAAGAUCGACAGCUUCUGCGGCUCGGGCCUGCCGCGGCCGCUCAUGUCCAACGGGCCGCGCCUCAUGCUCGAGUUCCGAGGCAUCUACUCCUCCAGCCUGGCGCGCGGCUUCAAGGCCACCUACAGCUUCAUCAAAAACUUCGGCGUGACGGCGGGGCGGCAGGUGGACGAGUUCCCGUGCGCCUUCGUCUUCAACAGCAGCGAGGCGCGCGCGGGCGCCUUCGCCAGCCCCAACUUCCCGGGCUUCUACCCGCGCGACACCGAGUGCCACUACUUCUUCCACGGGCGCGCCCACGAGAAGGUGCACCUGCACUUCAACUACUUCGACGUGGAAGGCGUGCUCCCGUGCGAGGCCAUAACCGCCAGCGACUACGUGGAGUUCUCCAACUUCAUGGCCCGCGACCGCAAGUACUCGCGCUACUGCGGCCAGCUCAAGGAGCUGGACAUCGAGUCGGACCGGAAGUUCUUCCGGGUGACGUUCCGCUCCAACGACCGCCUGGACGGCACGGGCUUCAACGCCUCCUACCGCUUCCUCAGCGAGAUGGACGCAGCUAGCAGCAGUGUGGCUACUGAGUCUUUCACUCCUAUGCCUGGCCCACCGAUGGUAGGUGAUGAGCGCAAGCGCCAUGUCGUGUGCAUCCCCACAGCACUGCCAGCUGCAGCGGGAGGAAGGGAAGACCUCCAAGUCAAGUCACUCCGUGUGCUCACAGACAAGCAGUGUUCUUAGUGUCCCUUCUCCCCCAACGAGGGGAUGCUAGACAAUCAGAUUUUCCAUCAUAUACCACGUAGAGGAUUGGAAACCCUUAGACUACUUAUCAGGAAAUGUGUGCUUUCUUACAACCUACAGAUUAGUGGUGAUACAUAGAGGUAGUGUCUCAAAUGUUAACUCCACAUUUAUAUACAUAUACUCAUCUAUGAAGACCUCACGGAUUUCCCGUUGUGUACUUGUUUCUACGGCAUAGAGCAAGGCUGCGACAGGUUCAGCCCACCAGCACUCCAAGACUUUUGAUAAAACAUCUGACUUUUAUAUUCCCUACACACUUCGCACCUCGCCCACCCUGUCACGCUGAGGCGCAAAAAGUAAUCAAACUGCCCCAGGGCAGCAAUCUUUGCCAGUUUCUAUCCUUCUCUAAUACUGGGCUUCAAUGAAUUCUUAUCCGAUUGCCAAGCCCCUUUCUCCUCAACCUAAUUCUGAAACUUGAAGCUGGUAGGUGCAAUUGGCCAUGCACCGGGUGGGCUUUGUAUCUUCACUGUUAGAAAAUGUAUAUGGUGACUUGUUGAAAAGUGCAUUGUAAGAACAUGGCAUGUUCAUAGUAAUAAGAAAAAUCUAUUUUCAUAAUAAACAAGAACUAUAACUCACCACUCUCUUCAUCAAUGAGUUUAUUAAUUAUUAAUAUUCCCAACGUUUUUGAUUCCUCAAAAAUCCACUCCUGAUUUCUAUCAAGCUGUGUUUCAUUUUAGACUAAUUUUGAUAUGCAGGCUGAAUACUUCACAUUGUAUGUCUCUAUUCGGAAAUACUUUUCAACAAAUUUAUUUUCUUGUAUGAUUUUUUUAUAAUAUUUGUAUAUCACAAUAUAAUAAUAUUCUCGCGUUAUUUUAUGAAUCACAUCUCGCAUGAUACCAAGAAAACAAACGUCAGCAGUUUCUAUUGAAUCCUUUAUUUGUUACUAUCACACUUAAAUUAAAUCUUUGUUGUUGAUAUUCUUUUUCCAAAACCAUACUUCAGAUGUUAGUCUCUAUUGCUGAUACUGCAUUUACUAAAAAUAUUAACAAAAAGUAGAAUGAUUUUAAAAAUAAAACUCAUGACCAGCUUAAUUUUUAAAAAAAACUUGUGAUCCUUUAGUACAACAGAAAAGAAUAGUCACAAUGCAAAUCGAACUUUGUUCAUAAAAUAUAUCAUUUGAUUUCUAACAUAACAAUUGACUACUGAUAAUAUACA